UGAUCUGCUUAGUGUUUGCGGUGGGGUUGUUCGACCUCAGACCGAGAUGACGAGGUCGUCGUCGUCGGUCAUUGUCGCAAACAAACAGCAAACCUGUCCUCAACUGUCUUACAAGGCUGAACCACAGCCUAAAUGGCGCUAGAAGCCCGCUAACGCCCUGCAGCUAUGGCGCAUGGUGAUCCCUGUAGCUGUAGCUGUAGCUGUAGUGGAGCGCUGGAGUGCGUACACCUGCAGUACCGCGUUAGGGGUUACCUACUUGCUGCAGGGUCCAUUGGCAUCGCGAAAUCGCGAGAUUCACACUCAUGAUAUGGGCUUCAUAAUCUUUUUAUAUAUAAUAUCGGGCCUCACCUUGAUUCCAUUGACAGUGAAGGGAAUCGUGCCGAAGAAGUCAAUAACGAGGCCUUGGACCCUAUUGGCGUGAUGAGUCCUUAGGUAAUAUACCCAAGCACUGGAAACAAUCGCCAUCGGUAAUUCGCUAUACCGCUCCGAGAGAAAC